CCAUCCCCGGCGCUCGCCAAGUCCUCAGCCCAUGCUCCCGGAAGUAAAUGCCCCACGCUCCGGAAGCGAUCCCGCGGGCCGCGAGCGCCCUCCGCCUAAGCUUUCGGCCCGAGACGUCGAGCUGAGCGACCGCGGCGGCGAACGAGAUGCCGGUGGCCGUGGGUCCCUACGGGCAGUCCCAGCCCAGCUGCUUCGACCGCGUGAAGAUGGGCUUUGUCAUGGGUUGUGCUGUGGGCAUGGCGGCCGGGGCGUUGUUCGGCACCUUCUCCUGUCUCAGGAUCGGAAUGCGGGGUCGAGAGCUGAUGGGCGGCAUUGGGAAAACCAUGAUGCAGAGUGGAGGCACCUUUGGCACAUUCAUGGCCAUUGGAAUGGGCAUACGAUGCUAA